UGCUGUAAAAUGUGGCAGGAAUAAGGAUGGAAGCAGGCGUGAGGCAGAACGAGAGCAAAUCGUACAGAUGCCUUUGCUAUUUCACAAACAACAUUUACCUCAGACAAUAUGGUGUGCACGUAUCGUAUGCCAACGAGAGCCAGUUCUGGAACGACUACGGACAGGUGCUACUUCAAAGAGGCUGUGACACUCAGGCAAAAAGACUGGAGGUUAAUAAGGAGAUUCAAGCAGAAGUAAAAAGACGAAGAAACUUUGGAAGAGAAAGUGUUCAGCGCAGAGAAACCAUCCACAAGCUUUAUAAACCUCUGUACCCAGAUAUAUUCACCUUACAGGACAAGUGGCUGGACCCUGCGUUUGUGGAGUUGGCUUCUUACAGCAGGAGGGAAGACGCGACAGUGGAGGGUCUGCUGUCCAAGGUUACCACCGAAACAGGUGAAAGAGUGUACUCAUUCCCGGUGUUUACGCUAGAGUUCUGCCAGCGGUUUAUUGAACUUAUUGAAGACUUUGAGAACAGUCCAUGCCCUAAAGGAAGACCAAAUACCAUGAACCAGUAUGGGGUAUUACUGGAUGAGUUGGGGUUUGACGAAGACUUCCUCAAGCCUCUUCGUGAACACUAUCUCCAGCCAAUCAGUAGGCUCCUCUUCCCAGACUGGGGAGGGGAAAACCUUGACUCGCACAAGGCAUUCAUUGUUCAAUACAAACUCUCUGAAGAUACAGACCUCAGCUACCACUACGACAACGCCGAGGUCACGCUGAAUGUGUGCCUGGGAGCCGAUUUCAGCAGUGGAAACUUGUACUUCGGGAAAAUGCGAAAUUCAGGAACGGAUUCAUCUUCCCAGUUGACCGAAUGUGAGCACUCUCCAGGUUGUGGUAUUUUACAUAGAGGGCAGCACAGGCAUGGCGCUCAGCCUAUCAGAUCAGGUGAACGCUACAACCUCAUUGUGUGGAUGAGAUGUGCUCAACUACGAAAUGAACGCUGCCCGAUGUGUGACAUGACACCAGAUUUAGUGGAGGUGGAAGGCCCUGGGGACGGGUUCAGCGACCCUCAGGGGAACUAUGAAGAGCAGAGAACAGUCCAAGUCUGUCAGCUUACAUAGCAUAACAUGAGGUACAAUGUUUAUAGUUCUUAAACUUGUAAAUAAUCUUAAUAGUGUUUAGAGGUUUGAAAAAUUGUGUAUAUUUUUACACACUAAAUAUGUAUAUAUAAUGUCAAUUUUGACAUAUUGUACCCACAGUGUAUUCAUAUUUAAAGUAUGCAUAUAUGUCGUUUGACAUAUUGGGGGGCGUCCGUGGCUCAGUGGGUUAGCGCGCUAGCGCAGCUUAAUGACUCAGGAGUCUCUCACCAAUGUAGUCACUGUGAGUUCAAGUCCAGCUCAUGCUGGCUUCAUCUCCAGCUGUACGUGGGAAGGUCUGUCAUCAACCUAUGUAUGGUCAUGGGUUUCCCCCCGGCUCUGCCUGGUUUCCACCCACCAUAAUGCUGACUACCGUCAUAAAAGUGAAAUAUUCUUGAGUACAGUGUAAAACACCAGUCAAAUAAAUAAAUAAAUAACUUUUGACAUAUAGUGUAUUAAAGUGUGGUGUGUAGUUCUUAAGGUUUUAAGAGGUUGGCCAAGCCAGUCACUGUAUAAUUUCUUUUCUUAGACUAUGUUGUAUAGGUUGUUUGCCUUUGCAUGAGGAACAGAGCCUUUACAAUCCUUGUCAUUUUGGAGGCCACUGAAGCCUUACCCUUCAUUUUUCAAUGAAGUGAAGAUAUAUUUUUGCUCUUAAGCCAGCUGAAAUGCAUUUGGGGAAAUGUCCUGGUAUUGUGUGAGGCUUUGAGAUGAAUGAAGUGUGGAAUGCUGUGCAUUAAAGGAUAUGCACCAACCUCAGUUACACAUAU